UCAGCCACUGCAGCUCCCCGAGCACUCUCUCCACAGGGACUCGGACCCCAGACAUGAGGAGGCUCCUCAUGGUCACCAGCCUGGUGGCUGUGCUGCUGUGGGAGGCAGGUGCAGCCCCCGCACCCAAGGUCCCUAUCAAGAUGCAAGUCAAACACUGGCCCUCAGAGCAGGACACAGAGAAGGCCUGGGGCGCCCGUGUGGUGGAGCCUCCGGAGAAGGACGACCAGCUGGUGGUGCUGUUCCCCAUCCAGAAGCCGAAGCUCUUGGCCACCGAGGAGAAGCCACCAGGUGAGGGCAGGGGCCCCAUCCUUCCAGGCACCAAGGCCUGGGUGGAGACCGAGGACACCCUGGGCCGUGUGCUGAGCCCCCAGCAGGGUCCCAAGCCCGACCAUGACAGCCUGUACCACCCUCCGCCUGAGGAGGACCAGGGCAAGGAGAGGCCCCAGUUGUGGGUGAUGCCAAAUCGCCAGCUGCUCCUGGGACCGGAGGAAGAUCAAGACCACAUCUACCACCCCCAGUAGGGCUCCGGGGCCAUCACUGCCCCGCCCUGUCCCAAGGCCCAGGCUGUUGGGACUAGGACCCUCCCUACCCUGCCCCAGCUAGACAAAUAAACCCCAGCAGGCCGGGAGCGGUGGCUCACGUCUGUAAUCCCAGCACUUUUGGAGGCCAAGGCAGGCGGAUCACCUGAAAUCAGGAGUUCCAGACCAGCCUGGGCAACAUGGUGAAACCCUGUCUCUACUAAAAAUACAAAAAUUAGCCGGG